AUGGAUGGGAUUUGCCACAUCACUGCGCAGAUGGACAAUACUCCCUCUGUCCCAUAUUAUAAGCAGUUGGACAAAAUGGUUUUUGCUUCGUCGAAUUCAUUGAUCCACGCGAAUGCGGAUGAGGUGCACCGGAGGAAAGCGGCGGAGAGUGACGCAGAGGCUGCUGCGGAUGCUGAGAGAGUGGCCGACAAGGCAGAUCGAGAUGAGAUGGAGAGGGUAGCCGCCGAAGCCGAGCGAUGA